UUUCUCCCACCCCCUUGGAGAUGGCAGCCGCAGCAACUUCAGGCUUGAGGAAAGGCCUUUGGGGUGCUUUCAGAACCCUGAUGCGCUCCUCCUCACAUUCUUCCGCCUUUUGGGCAGAUGACCUGCUUUGGCAAAUGGACCAGCGCGAUGCCUGGGACCGCUUCUACACUGCGCAGGAAAAAGGAACUGUGAGCCCUGGUCACUUUGACUGGUUCUUCUGCUAUGAAGAAGUCUCCAGCUUCUUGCUUUCCAUCCUUCAGAGCCUGUCAGCUGGCCAGGCCCAAAUACUGGACGUCGGCUGUGGCACGUCUGCUUUAGGUCUGGGCCUCUAUAGAGACUCCCCUCGCCAACUUCAUAUCUCUUGUUUGGAUUUCUCCCCUCCGGCCAUCAACACCCUGUGCCGACUGGUGCAAGAGAGCCCCCCACCUGGGCACCCUCUUUCCGAACUGCACUGCCACGUGGCUGAUGCCACCAACCUAACUGGCAUCUUUCAGCAGGGAUCUUUCCAUCUUGUACUUGACAAGGGGACCUGUGAUACGCUGCUGCGCUGCCCCCAGGGCCCAGGCAGAGCCUGGACAUUAGUGGCAGAGUGCCUGAGGGUGUUGAGACCCACAGGCAGCUUGCUUCAGUUCUCUGAUGAGGAUCCCGAUGCCAGGAUACCGUUCUUGGAACAGGCUGGAGGUUUGAAUGUUACUGUGAAGGAAAUUGAGCCUAUCAAUGGUAUCUGCUACUAUGUUUACAUGCUAAGCCCGGACUCAUCAGGGACUAGGGCAGCAGUCAAAUAGAAGGGGGACUCAAAAUUGUACUUUAUGGGGCAAAGGAAAAUCAGUGGGGCAACUUGAGGGUGAAAGAAUUUGGGUGCCAUCUAAUGUUCAUUCUGCACUUGUAAGGAAUUGCUAUUUCAAUGGAACUCCCUGCCUAUCGAUAUUAGUUUCUGCUGCAUUUUGGACCGGCUGAAGUUCUUAAUUUGUUUUCAAGGGCAGCCCCAUAUAGAUCACACACAUUGCAAUAAUCUAGUCUGGAAGUUACCAGAGCAUGGAGUACAGCCACCAAGACAUCUCUACCCAAAAGCAGCCACAGCUGGUGAACCAGCCAGAGCUGGAAGUGAACAGUCCUGGCCAUGCUUGCUGAGGCUGAUGGGAGUUACAUGAUUAAGACACAUUAACAUUCAUGUCUCAGAUCAUUAAGAUGCAGUAAGACCCCUUAAACAAGGGGAACCAAGGAGUUCUUUCCGCAAUCUCCAGUAAAUGGUUUCCAGUGUAUUAUACAAAGUCAUCCUGUUGUCAUCUUUUUACCUGUGAUGUGGGCUAGGAAAUAUUCUUCAGAGUUUUUCCCCCAGCACUUUUAUUUUUCUACAGGGGAAAAAAGAUCUAUUUCAUAACUUCAUUAAUGACAAUGAACAUGAAAUGUUAAAGUAAACUGAGCACAAAUGACCCUAAUUUGAAUAGGAAUAAUUUCCAAUUCAAAGUUUUCCAGAAAACUCUCAUCACUGCUUUUUACAUUCCUUGCCAGUUGAGCCAAUUCCCAAACUUUUCUAAAGUAUCAUUCUGUUGUUUGGGUUCUUGUGGUCUCCAUUCUUUUGCAUACAGGAUUCUAACUGCCAAUAUAAUUUAUGAAAUUUAUUCUCUGUGUUCACAUAUUACUGUGACUUCCGCAUUCAUUUAGUAAGAAACACAUUGGAUCUAAUGAGAUCUCAUAACCUGUGAAUGCCAUUAUUAGUCUUUUCCCAAACUUUUUUGCCAAAUGACAUUCCCACCAUCUAUGGCAAUCCUCCCCUUCUCCUCUCCUUUUGACAUUUUCAGCAGAAAUUUGCUUUUAUUUUACUUAUUUCCAUUUGGAUUAUUUUACAUCCUGCUUUUGUUCCAUCAUGGAAUCCAAGGUGGAUUUUAUUUAUUUUCUGUUCCAUUUUCCUGCCCUUUGUUUAAACUGUACUCUCCUUGGGGCAGGGAUUCCUUUCCUUUUUUAUUUAUUUAACUCUAUAAAGCACCAAGCAUAUUGAUGUCACAAUCAAACUUGUUUUUUAAUGUAUUAAUCUUUUGUUGGUCUUAGCCCCAAAUUCUCUUGCUGUAAGAGUAUGCAAGUUUUGAGACUCCACAGAACUCUUCAUCAGGCAUAUGUGAAAUGUGGGUUAAUAAAAAGGGACUUAACAUGGAAACUCUUGCUAGGCUCAUAACUCUGUGUCAGAAAGAAUUCUCUGUGAUUAGCAAAAUGGAACAAUCUACUGCAGAAAUGAUUGGGAAGUCAGUGAAAGAACCAUAGCCCAUAAAGUUCAAAACCAUAGACAUUUUUCCACAGCAUAGCUUUCAAUCUCUUUGAUCUGUUCUCUAGAUUUUAAAAAAAUAUUUUUCAUUAUAUAUCACCAACAUGAACAUAAAAUAAAGCAAAGAAUAAGAUAAAACAGUACAACUAUCUGCAUAUAAUGACGAAGGAUUUAGAUAAAUAUGUUACAGGGUAGAGAGAGAUGUUAAGGGUUAAACUAUAAGAACUAUUCUGUUGUAGGCCAGGGUCUUUCCUGCUUGACCUGGCUGAGUUGCUAGCAACUGGUUACUCCACGCUCUCCUGCAAGGGAUAUUUAUGAACUCCAAAAUCAGGUAUAUCCAUCUUGACACU